GGUUUAUCCGCUCCUCUUCCGUGGCCCCCCGAGCACGCUGACUGAGGGGGAUUUCGAUCAUUCGUGGACUGCGCCUCGAAGCCAUCGAUCCUUCGCCCUCGUUUUCGCGGACUCGAAAAAGAAAAGGACCGUUCCGACUCGAGGAGGACGAGGAUCAUGAAGUGGUGUGAUUUCGUUUCGUGGAUUCCGAUCUUCGUCGUCGCCUUCGCGUCGCUUGUCGUCUCUCAAGUGGUGUUCCCGGACGACCCGCCCCCUCCUCCCCCUCAGCCCGUGCCCGUCCCUCAACCCGGAGGGGGAGGAAAUUGCUUGGGACCGGACGGGAGACAGGGGAAUUGCAUCUUCCUCAGACAGUGCCCGGAAUUCAUCGAUCUGUUGGCCAAGGAUGCUCCGUCUGCGAUUCGAACACUGAGGCAGGCGGUCUGCGGGAACGCCCGGGGUCUCCCCCUCGUUUGCUGUCCGCUUCACCGAGCUUUCCCGGGACCGGCCACCCCGCGACCACAACCACCACCGCAACCACAACCGCAACCACCACCGCAACCACCACCACCGCAACCGGCCCCAUCGACCCAACCGCCGCCACCACCUCCCACUCCUCCUCCACCCCCUCCACCUGCACCUGCAACGCUGCUGUCGCCUCCCGAGUGCGGGUUCAGCAAUGCCACCCAUUUCCGAAUCGUCGGAGGCGUAGAGGCCGAACUCGGCGCAUGGCCGUGGCUCGGGGCUCUCGGAUACCGGACGGACGUCGGACUGGAUUUCCUCUGCGGAGGAGCUUUGAUCACGAACAGACACGUCCUCACCGCCUCCCACUGCGUCAUCGAUCGGAGCGACCUGGAAGUGGUGAGGCUGGGAGAUCACGACAUCUCCAAGACGGACGAAGCGCAGCAUCACGAUUAUCCCGUUUCCAGGGUCAUCCAGCAUCCCCAGUACAAUAAGAAAUCCUUCGACAACGAUAUCGCCGUCUUGGAACUCGCUUCCCCCGUCCCCUUCACUCGUCGAGUGCACCCCAUCUGUCUACCAAAUGAUCCGGGCAUCAGAAACCGGGAUUUGACUGGUAGUAGCCCCUUUGUGGCCGGCUGGGGCACCGUCCAAUUCAACGGGAGGACGAGUGACGUGUUGCGAGAGGUCCAGGUCCCGGUAGAGGAUCAGGAGAAAUGUCGCGGGAUUUACACUCCUUUCAAGAAUGUUCAAAUCACACCUCAGAAACUGUGCGCCGGGAAAGGAGGGAAGGAUGCCUGCCAGGGUGACAGCGGAGGGCCGUUGAUGCAACCCGAGGACGGAGGGAGGACGUGGUACGCGGUGGGAGUGGUGUCCUUCGGACAUCGCUGCGCCGAACCCGGGUUCCCCGGGGUCUACACUCGGGUCUCCGAGUACAUGCCCUGGAUCCAAGAGACCAUCUCUUCUUGAUCGAUUCUCUCUCCGUUUCACCCGGUAUUCUCCCCUCUCUGUGAUACUUUUUAGCCGAUCCCUUCAGGGACGCAGGACUCCGAAGCUGCACCUUUUUUAUUUUGCACUUCCGAUCGACUCAAAUCUCAUCUCUGUUUUGGCACACGUGGGAAAUAUCUGAAUAAAGUAGGAGAGAGUAAUACGAAGAAACGACAAGUGUGCCUGAUUCACCCGAGGGCUCGAAGAAGGCUCUUUUCGUGCGCUCGAUGGGAACAGAUUCCCCU